AUGGACCAACCGAGCAGUAUGAUAUACGUUGAAAUUGACAAUCAUGUCGAUUUGAUCUAUCGGCGCAAGUUUAAGAAAGAUGGAAAUGGCGAUGGGUUGGACCCUGUUUUGGCUCGUGUUUCGUAUGAUGGGUUUCCUGAUGCCAAGUUUUUGAAAAAUUUGGUUAAGAAUAAGAUUGAUGAAGUUGAGAGGAGGAGGAAGAGUGAGAAUGGUGAUGGUGAUGGUGAUGCUGGAACCGAGGGUGCUAGUGCACAUGUGGGCGACCAUUUGAUCGGUAAGGGAAGUCUAUUGAACCAAGGGGGGACUGUAAAUGACGAAGAAACCGAACUCGGCGUUGACCCUGGAGACUGUGUUGAUUGCAGGCGGGAGGAAUAA